ACAAACCACUAACCAAAGUCUUCGGCAGACACGGCAGAUCCCAUGAUGCGAAAGUCAACCAUAGCACUGAUGCUGGUGGGAGCCCUGUGCGCUCUGGCAACACUGGAAGUGGCCGAGGCACACAAGGGUGGUGGCAAAGGGGGCGGAAGUAGCGAGGAGGUGGGCAAAGGAAACCAUGGCAAAAAGGGAAAUUCUCCGGGAAAGGGCAAGUGGGAAGACGAGGAACCUCCGAAAAAGAAGAACAAGGAAGAGCUGAAGGGCAAGAAGUGGAAAGGGGGUAAGCAAGACGAAGAGGAAGAAGAUUUGUCACCGAAGAAGGGUUCAAAGGGAGGUAAAAAGACAACGGUAAAGGUGACGACCACGACCAAGAAACCAAAAAAGACAACCAAGACAACCAAGAAGGGUAAGAAUACCACGGGAACGACUAAGAAACCAAAGGCAACUACGAUUCCUGAUUGGUUGAGCAGUUCAACGCAGCUGGACGAAAAGACCACUCAGCCUGCUUGGACGGAGGAGGUGACAGAACCCUCCACGUCGACCACUCCGGAGCCUACUACCACGACAACGACAGAAUCCACUACGACCUCAACAACAACAACGACUACAGAGCCGACGACGACGACUACGGAAGCUACUACAACUACGACAACCACUACUACGGAACCGCCAACGACGACGACGACGACAACAACUCCAGAACCUACUACGACCACCUCGACAACUCAGGAACCUACCACACCAGCUCCGGGUCCUGCCAUGGAAUCUGAACCGUUCGCUCCGAUCAAAGCGCCAGCUUUGGAGUCCAAUCCAAACAACAAGGUAAAACCGGGAGAUGAUCGGUUCGGAUCAGGUUCUGGUUCUAUUUACGGUUCCGGGUCUGGUUCUGGAUCCAUUUAUGGAUCUGGGUAUGGUUCUGGUUCCGGCUACGGUUCCGGUUCCAACUAUGGCUCCAGUUCAAAAGGUGGUUCCAAGAAAAAAGACGAAGACCGGAAGGGAGGCCGUGGAAAGGGCAAGCUAGAUGAAGGAUUAGACGACAUUCUGGUAUCGUUUGGAAACAACAAGCCGUCAUCUGGAAGCAAGGGCAAAGGCAACGGUAACAAGUCAGAUGACUACCUACCGAGCGUUUCCAAGGGAAACAACGGUGGGCAGAAGGAAGUGGGAAGUACUGGAAAGUCCGGUAACAAAAAACCGUUCUAUUAAAAUUCGAUGAGAAUAAAUUACCUUG